GUCUGGAUGAGUGUCGACUUCCUCUGGACUUCCACAACACUGAGAUCCUGACUGAUGUUACAGAGUCCACCUCAGUGGAUGUGCUGCUGACGAACCUCAUCAAGGGGAAACUGCUUCCCUCUGCUCGCCUCUGGAUAACCACACGACCUGCAGCAGCCAAUCAGAUCCCUGCUGAGUGUGUUGACAUGGUGACAGAGAUCAGAGGAUUCACCAACCCACAGAAGGAGGAGUACUUCAGUAAGAGAUUCAGAGAUGAGGAGCAGGCCAGCCAAAUCUACUCCUACAUUAAUAAAUCACGAAGUCUCCACAUCAUGUGCCACAUCCCAGUCUUCUGCUGGAUCACUGCUACAGUUCUGGACGAGGUGUUGAAAACCAUAGGGGGAGGAGAGCUGCCCAAGACCCUGACUGAGAUGUACAUCCACUUCCUGGUGGUUCAGUCCAAACUGAAGAACAUCAAUAUCAUGGAAAAUCUGAGAUAGAUCAACACUGGAGUCCAGAGACCAGGAAGAUGAUUGAGUCUCUGAGAAAACUGGCUUUUGAGCAGCUGCAGAAAGGCAACUUGAUCUUCUAUGAAUCAGACCUGACAGAGUGUGGCAUCGAUAUCAGAGAAGCCUCAGUGUACUCAGGAGUGUUCACACAGAUCUUUAAAGAGGAGAGAGGACUGUACCAGGACACGGUGUUCUGCUUCGUCCAUCUGAGUGUUCAGGAGUUCCUGGCUGCUCUUCAUGUCCAUCUGACAUUCAUCAACUCUGAAGUCAACCUGCUGGUAGAAGAAGAAUCAACAUCCCAGAAGACUGAAACCAGAGAAGAUGGAUCUUCACAGUUCUACCAGAGUGCUGUGGACAAGGCCUUAGAGAGUCCAAAUGGACACCUGGACUUGUUCCUCCGCUUCCUCCUGGGUCUUUCACUGCAGACCAAUCAGACUCUCCUACAAGGUCUGAUGAAACAGACAGUAAGUAGCUCACAGACCAAUCAGAAAACAGUCGAGUACAUCAAGAUGAAGAUUAGUGAGGAUCUGUCUGCAGAGAGAAGCAUCAAUCUGUUCCACUGUCUGAAUGAACUGAAUGAUGGUUCUCUAGUGGAGGAGAUUCAACAGUCCCUGAGUUCAGGAAGUCUCUCCACAGAUAAACUGUCUCCUGCUCAGUGGUCAGCUCUGGUCUUCAUCUUACUAUCAUCAGAAAAAGAUCUUGACGUGUUUGACCUGAAGAAAUACUCUGCUUCGGAGGAGGCUCUUCUGAGGCUGCUGCCAGUGGUCAAAGCCUCCAACAAAGCUCUGUUAAGUGCUUGUAACCUGUCAGAGAGAAGCUGUGAAGCUCUGUCCUCAGUUGUCAGCUCCCAGUCCUCUAGUCUGAGAGAGCUGGAUCUGAGUAACAACGACCUGCAGGAUUCAGGAGUGGAGCUGAUGUCUCCUGGAAUGAAGAGUCCAAACUGCAGACUGGAAACUCUCAGUCUCUCAGGGUGUCUGAUCUCAGACGAAGGCUGUACUUCUCUGGCCUCAGCUCUGAGUUUCAACCCCUCCCAUCUGAGAGAGCUGGACCUGAGCUACAAUCAUCCAGGAGACUCAGGAGUGAAGCUGUUGUCAGCUGGACUUAAGGAUCCAAACUGGAGACUGGACACUCUCAGGGUGGACCAUGGUGGACCGCAAAGACUGAGACCUGGUCUGAGGAAGUAUGUCUGUGAACUGGAACUGGACACAAACACAGUACACGGAUACCUCAAACUGUCUGACAACAACAGGAAGGUGACAUGUGUGGAGGAGGAUCAGUCAUAUCCUGAUCAUCCAGAGAGAUUUGACUACUGGCCUCAGCUGCUGUGUAGAAAUGGUCUGACUGGUCGCUGUUACUGGGAGGUCGAGUGGAGAGGAAAGGUUCAUAUAUCAGUGAGUUACAGAGGAAUCAGAAGGAAAGGAGACAGUGAAGACUGUGUGUUUGGAAAGAAUGAUCAUUCCUGGAGACUGCAGUGCUCUAAUGAACGUGGUUACUCUGUCUGGCACAAUAAGAAACACACAUUCAUCACCACCUCCCCCUCUUCUAACAGAGUAGCAGUGUAUGUGGAUGUUCCUGCUGGCUCUCUGUCCUUCUACAGAGUCUCCUCUGACUCAUUGAUCCACCUCUACACCUUCAACACCACAUUCACUCAACCUCUUUAUCCUGGGUUUGCGCUCUGGCCUGGUUCCUCAGUGUCUCUGUGUCCUCUGCAGGACUGAGAGUCUCUCCUGUGGACAGAAACACUGACUGAAGAUCAGCUGCUGAAAUCAAAGUUCAGUCUGUUCACCAUCACACACACUCUGCACUGUGAAGCAGAUCUGAGACUCAAACACAAAAACAUUCAUCUGAUUUCAUCUCUGGGAUUAUCAACAUUUGAACUGUUGACUAAAAACACUUCAUGAUAUGUAACAUCUAAAAAUAAUCAACUGUUAUUGGUUACUAUUAUGUCCUUUAUAUUUUGAAUCAUAUUGUAAUAUAUUUAAAAUUUGGAAAACAAAUGUUUCUAUAAACAAUCAUCAUAUAGUCUAA